AUGGGGCGCCGCCGCAACGCGAUCAGCAGCGAAGAUUCGGACGACGAUCGUCCCGAUGAAGCGUCCGCAUCGAACCCGGGAGCGAACCCCCAGUCCGCGAGCAAGGGGAAGAAGUGGACCCCCGGCAUGAGCGGCAAGGAGCAGAAGGCUCGCGCGAAGGAGCAGCGGUUCGAGCAGCACCGACGCAAGGCGGAGAGGGAGCGGCGCAACGAGCAGAAGAGGGCGUCGAGAGAACAGCGCGAGGAACACGGCGCGGUGCACGCGGAGACGACGACCGCCCCGUCGAAACCCGUCGGCAGGCCGGGCGGGAACGUCGCUCGCCUCGACCCGUCGCAGAUCCGCCGAGAGCUCAAGCGACUGUUCGGACGCAUCGAGCACGGAGGGGGCGUCUCGCCGUCGUCGGGGCGCGCGGUCGAAGUCGGGGACGUCGUCGUGGUCCUCAUCGAGCCCGAGAUCGUGGCGCAGCGCAAGAGCGGCGCGGAAGCGUGGAGCCAGAGGCUGAACAAGCGCGGCGAGAAGGAGUUUGGGCUCUGCGACUUUCUCGCCCUCGGCGCCGCGCCCGGCUCCCCGGCGGCGUACUCGUACCCGUCGUCCCCGGGAGGGGCUGGCGCGAACGCCGGCUGGGGCGGACGCGUGGAGAGCGCCGGAGCCGCCGGAGCCGGCGAGCCGCCGUACCACACCGUGCGCCGCGUCGUCGCGCGGUGGGAGGACUCGCCGGAGGAGAUCCUGUGGGACGAUCACCGCCCCGGCGACGGCGACGGGGGCGGCGGACGCGGGUUCAGCGCGCCGGGGCAGGAACACCACGGGCCCGGCGGCGACGGCGACCGUCGCGCGCACCCGACGACGGCGGACCGGGAACCGUGCGCGACGCCAUCCGUCGACGCGCUCGCGCUCAUCCCGCUCGAGUGCUGGGAGAGGGUGAUGCGCGAGCUCGACGCCCGCGGGGUGUGCGCGCUCGGCGCGACGUGCGUCGGGCUGGCCGUCCUCGCGCGCACUCCCGGGGUGCGGCGGGAUCAGCACGUCAAGCUGUUCGGACGGCCCGCGCCGCCGGUGGACCCGUGCGCGGUUCGAACGGCGGCGGGGGGCGGCGGCGGUCGGGGGGGGAUCCCCGGGGCGCCGCCGACGCCGGCGGCGCUCGAGGAGCUCUCGGCGAGGAGGGGUUGGGCGGCGACGUGCGCGUCGACGAUCGCGGCCGGGGCGUGGAUCCCGAGGCCGCGGACCGACGAGCGUAGCGACGACGACGACGACGAGGACGACGACGACGCCGGGGACGACGGGGACGCCGCGGGCGGCGGGGGCGAGUUCGAGUUUGACGGCGACGACGACGACUUUGCGGCCGCGGGCGGCGGGGGUGUCGCCGAGAAGGGGAAGGGGCGGUGCACGACGCCCCGUCCCGCCGCGAGGCACGUCUGCGUCGGGCCCAAGUGCGCCAAGUUCAUGCUCGCCGACGGCGCCACCGCGGCGUCGUGCGACGGGGACAAGAUCAAGCUCUGGUUCCACGGCGGCGACGGGGCGACGGAAGCCGGGAAGCGCAUCGCGACCCUCCCGAACCCUGCGGGGACGCAGCCAAACUCGUGGUCGUCGCUCGCGUGGGGCCACGGCGUCUUCGCCGCCGGGUCUCGGGACGGGCUGGUCACGGUGUGGGACGCCGACACUACGCAGGUGAGCGUCCGCGACGGGCACAAGCUCGCGCGUCACGAGGGGUACCGCGACGCCGUCGGCCACGACUAUUGCCCGGCGUCCGCGCUCGCCGUGCUCCCGGGGGGCGAAUACGUCGCCGCCGCCGGGUACGGAAGCGGGGUCGUCUCCCUCAUCGGCGUCGCCGACGAGACCUUUCACAACUUGAAUCUCUCGGUGGACGUGAAUAGCUACCUCGAACAACAGGAGGCGGAUCCGGAUCACGCGCACGCCCCCGAGGCGAUCGGCUCCAUCGCGGUGCACGGAGUGGACAAGGCGUACGGGACCGGGAGGAGCGCCGCCGGCUGGAAGCUGUGGGCGGCCACCACGGGCGGGAGGCUCGUCGCGAUCGACACGGACCGACUCGAGUGCGUGGAGCAGAUUCGAUUCCCGGUUUCCACGUGGCCGCUGCGGAAGUUCGAGCUGGCGUCCCGCGGCCAGGUCCUGGCGGCGGCGUUCGGCGGCCGAGCGCUCCUGUGGGACACUCGGUGCGCGUCCGCCGCGAGGUCCUCGCCCGUCGCCUCCGUCGGCGGCGGCGGCGGCAAGGGAGGCGAGGACGACUUCUUCUUUUGGGACGACGACGCUAAACCGCGCUCGGUCGUCGCGAUGGACGACUGGUCCGCGUGGCUCGCGCACGAGGGAUGCGAAGGCGUCGCGCUCUACGACGUGCGCAUGGCCGUGGGCCCGCCGCGUCUGUGCCAGGAGCGUUGGCUCGCGCCCGGGUCGUCGAGGCGCGAUUUUUCCAUCCCCGUCGCCGAGUACGUCGCCGGUUCUGUCGGGGGUCGAAGCGUCGGGGUCGGGUGCUUCGCGCGGGGUGGGGACGGCGUGCUGGUGGUGGCGUCGUCGCACGAGGACGCCGGGGCGGACGCUCGGUGCUCGGUGUACGACGGCGCGCACCACGGGACGGGCGACGGGGGGGGAGGCGGGGCGGCGGACUGGGAGUACGAGCGCGCCAAGCCGAAGGGGCGAAAGGGAGGGAAGAGGGCGGUGAAGAAGAAGUACCCCAAGCGACAGGGGGGGAAGUUCCGCGCGCGAACGGCUGGGGGGUGA